UCUCAUCUAGAGUGAGAACGGAGGAGAAAGGUUGAAGGCUCAAUCGAUUAUUUUCACCCCUACACUUAUUCCUUCUAGUUCUAGGUUAACCAACCUCGAGCCAAGAACAAAUUUCUCUAAAAUAACAUAAUCUGGGUUUCGAUUACAACGGCAACAACACCUUCUAUCUUCUCCUUGUUGUCGCAUUAAGUUGCUGUUGAAGAAUUCUCUUCAUGAUCGAUAUGCUUUAUUAUUUUCUGUAAUAACCUUUAAUCUCGAUUCCCAAAGACGACCCUGCUACCAUCAGCUCGGUAUAUCGAUUCUCCACUCAACGCGCCAAGUGUCCACCACAAAGGUCAAAUACGAAAGGACACAGCGCAACAAUCUCGCCAUCCUGUGCAUCGCGAUCAAUUAUUAAAGAAAGUCCCGUACGACGUUGGGGCUACAAUUAUUGGCAAAAGCUGUAACGAUUGUAGCAGGUGCCUGAGGGGCCCAGUACAUACGACACAUAAUGCAUUUGGCAUACCCCUCGAGGAAAGCCUCGAAUCCUCCGGCAUAUCUUGCGCCACGGUCUUCUCGUUUCCCAAUGCUACGCAGAAGUAGGGUGAAGACGAUACUUCUAGGUGCCUGUGCCAUAGGGGCAGUAUUCUUUAUACUUUCAAGUAUACUUGGGGGAGCAGACAGAAUUCCAUCAGGGACUCCGCCGGUUGUAAUUGUCACAGUAUUGGAUACGGUGGGAUACAGCAAAGAAUAUCAGGAUAGCGUAAAGGAGAAUCGAAUUCAGUACGCCAGGAAACAUGGUAAGCAAAUUCUGUGCGAAUGGCCAGAUCUCACUAUUCUGGUACUGGGGCAAGAACCAAACUGAUCAUUCUUAGGCUAUGCAACAUUUUUCCCUAGCAUUGGAGACUAUGAUGUUCAAGGAUCACCAAAUUCAUGGUCCAAAGUUCCCGCUGCACGACACGCACUAUCACAAUUUCCACAUAGCGAAUACAUUUGGGUUUUGGAGCAGAAUGCCCUCAUCAUGAAUCCUGCGCUGAAAGUCGAGGAUCACAUUAUGGAACCAAAACGGUUGGAAAGCUUGAUGAUCAAAGACCAAUCUAUUGUGCCUCCCGACAGUGUUAUCAAGACGUUUCCAAAUUUAAAAGGAGGAAACAUUGAUUUGGUACUCACUCAGGAUAAAGACGGUCUGUCGCAGGCUAGUUUUAUCAUCAGAAAGGGGGAAUGGAGUAAAUUCUUUCUCGAUACAUGGUUUGACCCUCUGUAUCGUUCUUACAAUUUCCAGAAGGCGGAUACGCAUGCAUUGGUGAGUGCUCAUACGUCUUUGGAAGGUUCGAUAUCUAAUAUUAAUCAGGAACACAUUGUGCAAUGGCAUCCAACGAUUUUGUCGAAGUUGGCACUCGUGCCACAGAAAAUAAUGAACGCAUACAACUCGGAUGAUGCGGGGGGAUAUAAAGAUGGAGAUUUCGUCGUCCGAUUUCCAGGUUGCGACCAGUCAGGACGAGACUGUGGAAAAGAGGCCGAAAAAUACACAAGACAAUGGCGGACUGUCUUCGCCCAACGAUGAUCCAUACCUUUACUACGAUAAUUCUUCCAAUCCUCAUUAACAGCAUAUAAGCAUACUUAGGGCUAUAGGAAGCCCUUAUGAUCUACGAAUAGCGGGCAAGGCGUUUGCAGGCGUACAACAGCAUGAAGAUAAAUGUUUGCAUAAAUGUACAAUACCGGCGAGGACGUCUGUAGCAACAUGGAUAUCGUUGAGGCUGGCAGGUGUAGUUUUCUGGGGGUUGAAGUAAAGAUUUUGUCUUCUGUAUAUUAUUCGAAGCCUACAUACCCCAGCUGUCA